AUGGGCGACGCUCUUGCUGUAGAAGACCAAAGGUCUAUCUUGAGUGCAAGGUCUGUAGCACCAGAGCCUGAUACGAUCACAAAACUUGUAAAACGAUGUCGUGCAUUGAUCUUGCGACUUCUACCGGUCGAAGUUGAAGUAUCUGAUAUUUCAGAUGCUACAAGUAGUAUCAUAACUCCCGAGGUUAUAGAAGCAUUUGGUCAAUGCGGCGGUGAUUUCGGUGAAUGUAUCCCAUUUUGUCUUCUUCGAGCGAAAGCAACCUUCAUGAAAGAAGCAUAUGCCAACCCAGCGGAUUAUGAUGAAAAUCUAUGUCGAGCAACUGCUGCGGAAUGUUUAGCAAGAAGAAUCGUACACAAUUUACCCGUUGAUAGAUUGGAGUCCGUCAUGAGUACCAGAUAUAGAUAUAGGGAAAGUGAUGGAGAUGAAUCUGCUCCUACCAGUGCUCUGGAGACUGCCAUUGAUCAACAUUGUACCAUCUUCUUGUCAUCUUCUGAAGCUCAGCACGUUGUCAACUCGCUUUGGGUUGGAGAUUGGGUACAAAAGAACAACGAAAACAUGGAUAUCGAUUAUGUCCCUUACGAACGAUCUGAAACCAACAGUUUUUGGGAUCAUUUGAACCCUGAAAGACUGUCUGUACCACGAUACCAAAGUUACUUUAGAAUCAUAGUUUGGCUUAUAUUCUUGUUUAUUUACUCCCAAAGUGUUCAAAGUCCCCUCGAUGUUGUGGACCCUGCUAGAAAUUGGGACUGGGCAGAAGUAGUUUUAUAUACCAUGGCCGUUGCGUUCCUCCUAGAAGAAAUUGUCAAGAUGGUCAAGAUAGUCAGAAUCGCUCCUAGACCAAUGUUAGCAUUUGGAUUCUGGACCAUUGUUAAUUUUUUGACGGACGGUCUACUUCUAUCUGCUUUCGCACUAAGAAUAGCAGGGUUAAGUCUCGAUCCAAGUAAGGAUGAUCAGGCAUCUACAUUACAUUUCAGAAGUUUCCAACUUCUAGCUUGCGUUGCCCCUUUGAUCUGGAUGAAAUUGUUGACUGUGUUUGAUGGUUACAAAACUGUGGGAUCAUUGCAAGUCGUCGUGACUCGGAUGCUCCGAGAAUCAACAAUCUUCUUCAUCUUACUCGCCAUUAUGGCUAUUGGGUUUGUUCAGUCAUUGUACGCCUUGGAUGCCGCGGACGGCGAAACCGGUGGAACAGGACUAGUCAUCAAUAAUCUUAUCCAAGCGUUAUUGGGCUCUCCUGAUUUCGAAUCACCAUCCGAAAGAUUCGGUUAUCCUUUUGGUUUAAUCAUAUUUUACGCAUGGAAUUUCAUUUCCACCAUCAUUCUUGUCAAUGUCCUUAUCGCUUUAUUCGGGUCAGCUUAUCAAGAUGUGACUGACAAUGAGACGGACGAGUAUCUGAUGUUCUUCGCACACAAGACUAUUGACUUGAUCCGAGCUCCUGACUCUUAUGUUUAUCCCGCCCCUUUCAACCUCAUCGAAGCUGUAUUCAUUGCCCCACUAGAAUGGGUCCUACCCAAAGAGUGGUAUAUCACUUUAAAUCGAUAUGUCAUGUCAACCAUUUUCUUCUUACCUUUAACCAUAAUCGCAUUGUUUGAAUCUCAAAUCUCUCAUACAAGGAAUGAAAGAGUCAGAGCUUACUUUUCUGGUCCACCACCUGACGAAGAAGGUGAUCCCAAAAUCGAAGAUCCCAGUGUCGAUGAGACUGAAGGUGUCAUCAGUAAAGUCAAAUUCGAAGAUCUGAUCAAAGUUUUCCCAGAUACCGCCCUGACCGAAGGUGCAUUGGUACAAAGAGAAAUCAAGGCAUUGAAGAAACAAUUGGAAAACUUGGAAAAGCUUGUAGAAGGAAAGAAGAAGUGA